GAGAGUUGCUGAACAAAUGGAAAAGUAUGUCCUUGGUCUAACAGAUAGGAAUUGGACAUUGUGGAUAUAUAAAGGGUGCUUGACAGUAGAUUAGGUACUGAGGUAACUGCAGAAAAUCAUGAAGGGAUUCAUUAUUUGGGCUCUGUUCGCUGUGGCAUUUGCCGCUCCAAUUGAGGAUGACAAGAUUGUUGGAGGGUAUGAAUGCAAGAAGAACGCUCUACCUUACCAGGUGUCCCUGAGCUCUGGCUACCACUUCUGUGGAGGUUCUCUGAUCUCCAGCUACUGGGUGGUGUCUGCUGCUCACUGCUACAAGUCCCGCAUCCAGGUGCGUCUGGGUGAGCACAACAUCGCUGUCAACGAGAACACCGAGCAGUUCAUCAACUCUGCCAAGGUCAUCAAGCACCCCAGGUACAGCGACCGCAACCUGGACAACGACAUCAUGCUGAUCAAGCUGAGCCAGCCAGCCACCAUCAACAACUACGUGCGCAGCGUUUCCCUGCCCUCCAGCUGUGCUGGUACCGGCAGCAGCUGUCUGAUCUCUGGCUGGGGCAAUACCCUCAGCAGUGGCACCAACUACCCUGACCGUCUGAGGUGUCUGGAUGCCCCUAUCCUGAGCGACAGCAGCUGCAGGAACGCCUACCCUGGACAGAUCACCUCCAACAUGUUCUGCGCUGGCUUCCUGGAGGGAGGCAAGGACUCUUGCCAGGGUGACUCUGGUGGCCCCGUGGUGUGUGGCGGUCGUCUGCAGGGUGUGGUGUCCUGGGGAUACGGCUGUGCCCAGAGGAACAAGCCCGGUGUCUAUGCCAAGGUCUGCAACUACGUCUCCUGGAUCCAGAGCACCAUGUCUUCCAACUAAAUAAUCUGGACUGCAAGAAGAUUCUGCUCUAGAAUAAGUAAUAUUUAACGAUAACAUUUGUUGUGACAAAAUAAAACUUUGUUAACCUCAAUGAUUA